GGUACCCUCCGUGCCAGAACCCCUUCCAGCACCUCACAUCACCAACGACAUCCUGGGGGAAGCGCUCACUGAGGAACCCUCCAUGCCAGAACCUCUUCCAGCACCUCGUAUCACCAACAACAUCCUGGGGGAAGAGCUCACGGAGGAACCCUCCAUGACAGAACCCCUUCCAGCACCUCGCAUGACCAAUGACAUACUGGGGGAAGAACUCAUCGAGGAACCCUACAUGCCAGAACUCUUUCCAGCACCUUGCAUCACCAACAAGAUCCUGGGGGAAGCGCUCACUGAGGAACCCUCCAUGCCAGAACCCCUUCCAGCAACUCACAUCACCAACAACAUCCUGGGGGAAGAGCUCACUGAGGAACCUUCCAUACCAGAACCUCUUCCAGAAACUCACAUCACAAAUGACAUCCUGGGGGAAGAGCUCACUGAGGAACCCUCCACGCCAAAACCCCUUCCAGCAACUCACAUCACCAAUGACAUCCUGGGGGAAAUGCUCAUUGAGGUACCCUCCGUGCCAGAACCCCUUCCAGCACCUCACAUCACCAACGACAUCCUGGAGGAAGAGAUCACUGAGGAACCCUCCGUGCCAGAACCAAUUCCGGCACCUCGCAUCACCAACGACAUCCUGCGGGAAGAGCUGACUGAGGAACCCUCCAUGCCAGUACCCCUUUGAGCACCUCGCAUGACCAAUGACAUCCUGGGGGAAGUGCUCAUUGAGGAACCCUCCAUGCCAGAACCACUUUCAGCAACUUACAUCACCAAUGACAUCCUGGGGGUAGCGCUGACUUAGGAACCCUCCAUGCCAGAACCCCUUCCAGAACCUCACAUGAGCAAUACCAUCCUGGGGGAAGUGCUAAUUGAGGAAGCCUCCAUGCCAGAACCAUUUCCCGCAACUCGCAUCACCAAUGACAUCCUGGGGGAAGCACUCAUUGAGUAACCCGCCAUGCCACAACCACUUCCAGCACCUCGCAUGACCAAUGACAUCCUGGGGGAAGAGCUCACUGAGGAACCCGCCCUGCCAGAACCUCUUCGAGCACCUCGUAUCACCAACACCAUCCUUGGCGAAGAGCUCACUGAGGUGCUCCGUGACUGAACCCCUUCCAGCACCUCGCAUGACCAAUAACAUCCUGGGGGAAGCGCUCAUUGAGGAACCCUCUAUGCCAGAACCCCUUCCAGCACCUCGUAUCACCAAUGACAUUCUGGGGGAAGAGCUCACUGAGGAACCCUCCAUGCCAGCACCCCGUCCAGCACCUCACAUCACCAACAACUUCGUGGGGGAAGCACUCAUUGAGAAACCCUCCAUGCCAGAACCCCUUCCAGCACCUCGCAUCACCAACAAGAUCCUGGGGGAAGUGUUCAUUGAGGAACGCUCCGUGCCAGAACCCCUUCCAGCACCUUGCAUCACCAAUAACAUCCUGGGCAAAGUGCUCAUUGAGGAAACCUCGAUGCCAGGGCCCCUUCCAACACCUUGCAUCACCAAUGACCUACUGGGGAAAGUGCUCAUUGAGGAUACCUCAGUGCCAGGUACUUCCAUCCUCACAGACACUCCAAAGGAAGCAGCCUCUGUGUCAGAGCCCUUACUAGAGCCUUCCAUUGCUAAUAAUUAUCUUCAGCAAGAAGUAGAACUCCUCAAAGGGUUACAGCAUGACUAUGUCCAGCAGCAACUGAGGGUUCGCUGCAUUUCCCAACAGUUCCCUCGUUCUCUCUGGGCCAUCAACCUGCAAAUUGGACACAUGCGGACAAGGCUCAUCCGCAAUGAGGUUCGGCUGAAGCGGUGGGAAAGGGAAGAUGUUCCUGCAGGCCCUGCAGCACUUCUCCAGCCCUCUGGGUCUGAUUCAUCAUUGUCCUCUGCCUCACUUGAGGUUGCCUCCAUCCCACCCUCCACCUCCACCUCUUCCCUCCUCCUGCAUCCCUCUCCACCUCCUCCUCCUUCCCCACCUCCUCUGGAGCCGGACCUCAGCAAUGUGAAAGAAACUCUGCAGAGUUUGGUAGAGAUGCAGGUCCAUCAGCUGCGUGACCGCCAAAGAGACCUCUGCAGCUGCCAGGAAUGCUUACAAAGCUUCAAGGCACUCAGGGGACAAUUGAGGAGCAGACUGGCCAGGGUGGAAGCCACUAUGGGGAUCGUGGUUCCUCCAAGGGAGCUGGAUGUUGCUGAGGAAGAAGGGGAAGGCAAAUUAAAAGAGACAACUGUGCUACUAUUUACAUAAGUAGCAAUAAAAUGCUGUGUAUAUAUUUUUUAAAAAUUAAAUACUUGUUUUAAUAGGAUGUAGAGAUAGAACAGCAAUAAAACCAGCAUAUUUAUUGUUUAAAAAAAUGUUUUAUUUUAAAGAAAAUACAUUUGUCUUGCUUUGAAUAUUCUUUGGGUAGAGUUGGGUAAAAAGGUCUUUGUGUCAAACUCAGCUACAGAAAAGACUCUCUUGGCCAGUCCACUCAGGGCCAAGAGAUGUUUGAGAGGUUCAUGAUGUAGCUCAAGAUAGACAGUUCCUUGCCAGGAGGCUCAUACAGAGCUUGUCUGCCCCAACAUGUAUGGCUCGGAGGCUGGAUUUUGGCCCCGAAGAGGGAUCUGCCCCAUGUGGAAGAGGAUGGAAUGGUGAUGCGGAAGAGGAAGCUUGAUUUAGGGCAGGGCUGCACAACUCCAGCCCUCCAGCUGCUGUUUGGCUACAGUUCCCAUCAACCCUGACUAUUGGCUACUGCGACUACUGGGGACUAUGAGUGACUGAUUUGGCCCUGGGGGAACAGCUAGGAGGUGGCACCUCCAUUUCCUUUGCAGGAAGAAAAGCCGUGGGGGUGGCUCUCUGUACAGCAUGACAGGAAAGAACCAAAAAAGGCAGCCUCCAUAUCAGGCCACCUCCCAGGACCUUCCAGCCUUGCUUGUACACUCUGGCAGAAGAACCCAAGGAGACCACCUUUAUAUCAUGAGAGCUCUGUAUCAGACCUCCACCCAGGGCAAUCCAUCCCUGCUGAUACUUCAGGGAAAGAGAAUGAAGAGGCCCCCUACAAAGCAGGCCUCCUCCCAAAUGCAGGAUCAGCAAUGAGAUUAGACCUUUAGCCUCCAGGCUGUUUUUCUGCCGGAGAAGAGAGAAGAAGGAAAGCCUGAAAGACAGCACUUGUCACUGCAGAUGUUAGAUUUGAUAUGACAAUGAAAUAAGACAGCAAUGCAGGGACCACUGCAUUAGCUACACAACUCAGUGGUCGAAUGCCUGUCCUUGACCAUCUCUAACAGCCCUUAAAGAUGGUCAGUUGUAAGGACAAGAAUAUGUUUGCUCUUGAGGCUCAUUGUGCAUGCACUGAGAAGAAUCAUUAGAAUCAACAGAAGAUGCCUUCUUCAUGGGAUACAUUGGUCUGAGUGUUUGCACCUAGAACAACACAUCACCAUGGGAGUGCUGUGCCCAUGAAUGCAGUAAUGCAAAGAGGUGACGUUUCAGACAAAUGGUGCGCCUGAUUCAGACAGCUCUAGGCAACAAGCUUGAUACUCUGGCAAUGAUUCAGGAAUAUCAUCCAAUCUUCAAGGUCAGUUUCCUUUUAAAAGUGAAGAGAGAGUUUCUGUAAUCCUGACACCAUUAUUACAUUUUAUUAACAUUAUGCUAACUGGAUGGUCAUACAUUGAUUUUCUUAAAAGGAUUCAAUUUCCUGGCCAGAGUGACCAACAUUUAGUCUACUAAUUGUUUUAACUUAAGAGAAAUAAACAGCUCCAGGAGAUAUGACUGUUUUGGAUGCCCCUUAAUAAAAAUGGAACUACUUUUAUAGAAUUUCCUUAUUUUGCCAAGACCAGAUGGCUGAAUUUUGAAAGCACAUUUAGCAAAUAGUUUCUCUCUCUCUCUCUCUCUCUCUUUCUUUUCUUCUGAUAGAGAAUAGUUCAUAUCUGUAUCUAUAUAUGCCGGCCCAGGGCCAACUCCAAAAGUCAAUGGGAUAUUUGGCCCAGGGGUCGGGGAGCCAACAAAAC